AUGUCAACUGCCAAGGCACUGCUCUGGCUGUUGGCUGUUGGCCGUUGGCUGGGUUGGGCCGUUGGCGACGGGCCUUGUGCUGCUAUGCCUUUGCUUCCCGCCUUUGCUGCCAUGAAAGGGCUCCCAUAUUCUUCGACACAGGACAAAAGAACUCGUUUCGUUCUGGUAGUCUCUCAUCUGGCCCGGCGAGCAGGCCUCUCAUCCUGCCGUGCACCGACACUAUUUCCAAGCACCGACACAACGAGCCAAGGAUCGCAGCUCAGCUUUGGCUGUCUACACCACCCUGCCUUCGCCUCCCUAGUGCAUCCUCAGCUCUCCAAGCCUUUCCACUUGCCGUUGAGCGCAGAUCCCCGGCCUGUUCAUCAUAGGGUAUCGGAUUCCAGGCUCAAAAGCAGCGUCGGUCUGCAGUCGGAGGAGAUCACGGGCAGCCACAAGCCGUUGACGAUCCAGCUGCCCGCCAUGGGAGACAUCAGAGAGCCGACACCAGAUUUGGACCGAGGCGUCACAAAUCCAACAACGAGCAUAGUCAACGAAGCGGCGACCAACCGGCCUGUGAAUUUCCCUGGAAACCCUCCGCAGGCUACUGCGACUGUGUCUUCCACUACAAGCAGUUCAACUGCACAACCGACCGGGAAGAACAUGGCCAUACAGUGGGAUUUUGAUUGGAACAUGGCCCGGUCGUUUCCUGUCCUCGUUGCCGGAGACACUGGCGCGGUGCCUCACACUAUUAACGCGCUGUUAAUGAGCGAUCUGGUCAUAGAGAAGGGCGAGUGGUCUUAUAAGCAAGCGAAGGACACAGAAGUGAUCCUUGUCACCACUUCUGCGCAGAGCAAUCAAGUACCGAACUCUGGCGACACGGGAGAGACUCGAGUUCGCCAGACCAAUGACCGUUCCCUUGAGAAGCUCUCCGGGGUGCCAUAUGGCUCGGAGAUGCGCCUCAACCUGACCUGGCUGUAUAACGGCGAAACCGGCUGGAGCAGAUCGGGCAUUUUCACCGUCGUGGAACCGGCCGGAGAACCAGAAAAGCGCGAGGAGUUGGAGCGUAUUGGGUUUGAGACGGAACAGGACCUCCCACGUGAAGUCUCUCGCAUCCUCAAUGGCGGCAGCAACGUCAUCCCAUUGGACCCAUCAAACACUGACCUCACUUCGGCUCCGUCAACGACAGGCAUCGCGUCUUCUACAGACGACGACGCCGAUUUGGACCAUGACAACGAUGGAGGAGGGCUCUCUAUCGGUGCCAAAGCUGGCAUCGGCGCUGGUGCUGGCGUCGUGGGUCUGGCCCUCAUCAUCGCGCUCCUCUGGUUUUUCUGCCUACGAAACCGCCACAAGAAGAAGGGCCAUGUCAGCAAGAAUCCAUACAGCACCGAAGGUCACGUCUCUGAGUACAUGGUCAACAAGGAGACCACCGGCGCUCGCGUGACCGAGUCACCUCACUCGCCUUACUCGGACGAUGGCAGUCUUGCGCAGCAGCAGCAGCAGAUUCAGAACCAGACGGCAAGCUCCUCGCCACGCGAGACAACCGCAUUCGUCACCAGUGCGGCAGCUGCGCCCAGCUCGUCCAGGCACAACCUUGAGCGUCAGAGCGAGGGGCGGGAUCGUGGCCUUUCCGAGGCAACGCCGCUAGCGGCGUCAACGCCACGCAGCGACUCGCAGCAGCAGCAACAGCACGAAUCGGCAAGACCAGGAGCGCGGUCCGCGACCCCUCAGGGCGUCAACUCAAACGUAUCGCACCUCAUCGAGGAUGGCAUGACGGAAGAUGAGAUUCGGCGACUGGAGGACGAGGAGCGGCAGCUGGAUGCGGCGAUUGAGCAGCACGGGCACGGCCGGCGCCUGGCAUGA